AUGAAGCCCCCGCUUACUGCUAGUACAUCGUUCCAAAGUCAUGCCCGGGCUCAGCGGAAAGACUCGGGGUCCGGCGGCGGGAGGGCGACGUUCGUGUACCGGCACCCGCUGCUCUGCCUCUGCCUGCUACUGUUGGUUGAAGACGUGCUGUGGCUCGGCUGGCUGUACUACAGCGAGAGCCAGUGCGACUGUCCAGAAAUGGCGGAGGUCAAACAUGAACUACAGCCACACAUGCAGCAACAACAACAACAACGCGAGGUUGUCAGGAAGCAAAUCUGGCAGAGAACGCAGAUCCAGGACUACCUGUACGCGAGUAAGAAGACGAUGCCGCUCGGCUCCGUCAUUCCGUUCUUCGAGGGGAGGAACAAGUCCACUUACUACAUGAUCCCGGAUGUGUACAACUUUCUACCAGAGGAGGUUCUCUGGCCCGACACGCUGUACGAAAGCUGCAGCGUGGUGGGAAACGGAGGAAUCCUGUUGAACAGUAGCUGUGGGCCUGACAUUGACUCCAGCCAAUAUGUGCUCAGCUUGUUUGACUUUAAGAAAGAAAAGAUGAUCACGGACUUUAUUGAAUACUUGAAACAGUACGACACCUCGGAGGGGACCAAGCUAUGGACACACAUGUUCCACUAUGACUCAAAGGCAAAACUGGUCCUGCGUGCCAUCAUGAUCGUGCGAGCCAUGGGGGCGAAAAGCCAGAUCGUGUCGUCACAUCCGGUCUUCCUGCGGGCCGUCAACGACUUCUGGAAGGAAAACGGGCUGACCAGUGAAAGGGCGAGCAGCGGCCUGGUGUUCACCACCAUCGCCCUCGCCAUGUGUAAGCAGACACACCUGUACGGGUACUGGCCGUUCCCGGUGGACUAUGAUGGUCAGGAGGUGCCGUACCACUACUAUCUGUACGACUACCAGCACACGCAGAACAACACCUUCCACAAGCUGCCGGAGGAGUUCAAACUGCUGCAGAAACUGCACAAGAAGGGCGUCAUCAAAAUGCACAUCGGGAGAUGCAAACAGUGA